UUUGGGUGUGGCCAGCUCUAAGCAUUGAAUUUCUUCAUUUUACAAGAGGAAAAGCCAGUCUGCCGUCUUUUACAACCAUUGAUUUUCAUUAAGGGUACACUGACUAAAAUGCCAACAAUGAAGGAGCAAGCAGCAGCAAGCUAGAAAGGCAAGGAUCACAUUUGGAUCUAGCGGGUGAAGUCCCGGCUGACGUUCUCCCAGGAAAGAAGAAUAACUCAAGGCCGGAAAAGACUGAUUUAAAUAUCACAAGUGGCUUGAUUAAUAUCAGCUCUGCUCUGAACAUACAGGCCUACAUUAUCGCUGUACUUGCCUCAACAAUAGCAAUAUUAUGUGACUGCAACAUUCCUCCAGACUCGCCAUUUCAUCUUAAGACACAGACUAACUGUGUUCCUCUCCGCAGAUGCUGCCAGACCUGCUGAGUUUUUCCAGGUCAUUGAUUUAAAUCUAAUCUGAGAACAAAGAAAAAUGAGUACCUCAACUACAAACACUUCUGUAAAGCCAUCUGUCAUUAUCCAUCCAACCAAUACCACCCAAAUAACCACUACAAAAAAUGGAAACAUCAUUUCCAAUUUGAUCAAUAAAAUCCCAUUACCAAAAUGGGCCUUGAUUGCCAUUGCUGCGGGGGUGGGGCUUGUCAUCCUCAUCUGUGUCAUCUGUAUCUGUGUGAAGUGCUGCUGCAAGAAGAAGAAGAAGAAAAAGAAGGAGCAGGUUAACUUGAAAAGCAUAAAUGGCUCUACCACGACAAGCCUGGUGCAGCCAGAUAUGGAUGACUUGGAUGGAGCUGAAGAAAACCGUGGAAAGUUACAAUUUUCCUUAGAUUAUGACUUUAAGAAAGAAGAGAUUACAGUUGCAGUUAUACAGGCAAUGGAUUUAAUGGCCAUGGAUCUUGGAGGAACAUCUGAUCCUUAUGUUAUGGUGUAUCUUCUCCCAGAAAAGACACAUAAAUUUGAAACUAAAGUCCACAGACGGACAUUAAAUCCAGCCUUUAAAGAACGGUUCACUUUCAAGGCUAGCCAGGGUGAUAUAGCUGAGAAGACAGUCGUGAUGCAGGUAUAUGACUUCAACAGAUUCUCCAAGCAUGACAUAAUUGGUGAAGUGAGAAUCCCACUCAACACCAUUAACCUGAACCAUGUGGUUGAAGAAUGGCGGGAUCUCACCUGUGCCCUAAAGGAUGAGCAAGUGAGACUUGGUGAUAUCUGCUUCUCCCUGCGUUAUGUUCCCACUUCAAACAAGCUGACAGUUGUAAUUUUAGAAGCCAAGAACCUGAAGAUAAUGGAUAAAGGUGGUUUAUCUGACCCCUAUGUGAAGGUACGACUGAUGCUCAACACAAAAAAGUUGAAGAAGAAGAAGACAACAGUUAAAAAGAACACAUUGAACCCAUAUUUCAAUGAGUCCUUUAACUUUGAUGUAACAUUUGAAGAAAUACAGAAAGUGCAGUUAGUGAUCUCUGUGUGGGAUCAUGACAAGAUGUCAAAGAAUGAUGCCAUUGGAAAACUCUUUCUUGGCUGUGAUGCCACUGGAAAUCAGCUAAGUCACUGGUCCGAUAUGCUAGCCAAUCCAAGAAGACCAAUUGCACAGUGGCACACUCUUCAAUCCAAGGAGGAAGUAGAUAAAGCGCUCAAAGCACUUGGGGCGAAGUCUCGUUUCCAAAUUUUCUAGUGUACUGACUAGAUUGAAGCCAAAGGAACCUCUACAAAGUCAUAAAUUAUAAGUUAUCUGUUUCAGGCAAAACUGUUCACCUUUGCUAAGAUAUACUCUGUUCCUACCCUUUGUCUUCUAAGGGUUGAACGGAAGUGAACAAGAUGAAAUGUAUUACAUUACUAUCCCAAAUUGAAUACACAACACAGAAUGCAUUAUAAACACAUUACAUAUACAACUUUGUGAUCCUGUACUUAUUGUACUUAUAAAGCUGAGUCCAGUAUACACUACUGUGCAGUGCAAUUUAGAAAGCCUGGAUACUUGGGUUAUUUUCACUCUCCUGGAAUAUUCAACUACAAUGGAAAUAAAUAGAAGAUAAUUGAUUGUUUGACUGAGCAACUUAAAUGAAGAAUUGUAAUAUUGUAAAUCUUGAGAUUGUUUUAUAUUCAUCCUCUGAUCCCUUGGAUUGAAUUACUACUUUAAUGGGCCAUAAUUUCCAUGAUUUUAGGUUUGAUAAUGCACAAAUCAAUGAUUCUAGUAGAGCUCCCCAAUAAUUAUAGAUUAAGAAGAAUAAUUAUUGAUUAAGAAGAUCAUAAGUUUGAAUCUCAUCCUUGAUCCAUGGUGAGUUAACUGAUCUCCUCCAGGCAGCAGUUGGAACAUUCAGGGAAGAGUAUAAAAGUUAUCCAGAGUUCUGGUCUUGAUCAUUAUCCAGUGACUCCUGCCGGAAAUUUUCUCAGGUUGAUGUUGAGAUUAGAGCUGGCCUCAGCUUUGACGCAAUUCACAUUUUAUAAUAUCUAGGGACUUGAUAAAUACUGAAUGGCCACUGAACCAAAGUAAAGAAGGCUGUUCUGCAUCUUUGGAAGUGUAAAGGGACAGAGGCCCUGUGGAGGGUUGCACCAGUCUCUUGCUUUUGGCAGACUAGCAGAGCCCAUGAAGAAAGCCGGGACCUGGAUCCAUUGGUUCUCUGAAAUUUUCAGGUGCUUUUAACAUACUUCCAGCUGCCCUUUACAAGGUAAGAGUUGUGUGCAAGUUGUGGGGUUAUGGGUGGGCAGGGGGAGGUUGAUGGGAAUUGAGUCGGGGUUUUUCCUCUGCCCAGCAGUUUGCCUGGCUCAGUCAAAUCCUAGCAUAUCACUGAACAUCAGAAAACCAAAUGAGAUCAGGGAUACCAGCAUCCAGGUGGUCAAAGAGAAGCAGCCUGGACCUCCAAAGAAAGGGUAGAGUUUUGAAAGGAAUUGAUUGACCCCCGCUUGUUUCUUGACUGUUGUUAGGGGCCUCUUAAGUGCUCUUAAGUGCCAAAUGUUCCCCCUGCAUCAUGCAGCUAAAUAUCAGGGUGUAUCCACAAUUGAACUUGUGCCCACCUACCAAUCCCUAGCAAAUUAGGUGCCCUUCCACCAAUCCUACAAAUUGCAGUGGGGUCAGUUGCUAGAGGACACUGGAGCAAGAUCCCAGCGUGAACACUGGGAUCAUUUCCUAAGGAUUUUUACGAAUAUAUCUUUCAGGAGCAUAGUGUAAGAAAAGAAAGGCACAUAGCUCUGUUCUCUUUCUUGAUAGUAAAAAUUGGCUUGCUACACUCCUUUUGUGAAAAAAUGCUUUUAAAUUUAUUAUUUAUGAUGGUAUAUGCACUUUACUUAAAAAAUAUAUUUGUAACUGUUAUAUAUAUUUGCUAAAUUGGUAUGAAAGAGUCAACUGCUUUUACUGCCAAAAGUAUAUGUAUUGGAACUGAAAAUGGUGUUAGAAUGAAGGUUGGGAGAUUAGAGUUAUACAGUACAGAAACAGGCCCUUCAGCCCAUCAAGCACAUCUAUUCUAAUCCCAUUUUCCAGCACUUGGCUCAUAGCCUUGUAUGCGAUGGCAUUUCAAGUGCUCAUCUAAAUACUUCUUAAAUGUAUUACUGUGGUGGAUUCUCUCACAUAUGUGUGAGUAUAGAAAUUGUACCUUUUGACUUCUGUCUACUCCAGCUGAAAGCAUAAAUUGAUGUGAAUCACUUUGUGAUUAUGUAUUUAUAAUAGGUCUUAGAAUUCUAGGAAAACCUCCUAACAUAUGGCUUUCAUACUGGCAGAGCCAUUACUACCAAAGUAAAAAAUAUUGCCAUUAGUCUGCAUGAAGCAACCUGAUCAUACAUUUAAAACUGUUAGGCUGCUUAAUUUCAGUGUAGAACAUUUCAUGUUCCUAAUGUGAAUGAUACGUAAUUUGCAAGUAAAAGACUUUUCACAACUUAUUUAAUGUCCCAUUAGAGGCAACCAUUCUAAAAUAAAGGGCUUAGUGCAUACAUAUAAUGUUGAAUGAUGUCAACCAGGAGGUUCCCAGGUUCAAUCCUUGCUCUGUGUUGAGUUAGAUCCCAAUCAAUGAAGCAGUAAGAUACUAUCUGGCUUCAGCAUCCUUGGGCUGGGGAAGGCAAAUCAACAGCAAGGUUUCUGUUGGCAUUUAUAUUUGUGUAAAUAAAUGGGUACAUGAAAAUAUCAAACGAAUAAAUUUGCAAAUACAGUGGUGCAAUAGUAUAAGAUAAAAAAGACAUUAGAAUACAGGAAAAGGAGAAUACCAAUUUUCCUGUUGAGCCUAUUUCCCCAUUUUGUUAGCUUUAUAUCCAUUUAAUCUUAGUUCUUUGUACCUUUCCUAUCUAAAUAUUACCAUUUUAACAGACUGAAUUGGUCAUAUGUCUGUAGCCUUCAUGAUCAACGCUGCACACACUAACAACCAUUUUCAACAACCUUUUCCUGAAUUUGCUUUUGACUAGUUUAAUUCAAAUAUUAAGAUAUAUUUUGUUCAUUAUUUCUGAAAUAACAAGGAAUUACGGACUUCGUGAUAGUAAGAAUGUGUGACAGAAUCAUAUAAAUAAAUGGCAAAGCAAGACUAUAGUAGAAGCUGGUAUCAAAAUGGUAGUCAAGAAGCAAAGGUAUUGUGAAUAGAAAUCUGUUGUGUUACAAAUAAAAAUAUUUAAAUCUCA